CCAAUGGGUGAUUUUUCCCGAGAGGAUGCGCAACAGGCAGAGUCCCAGCUGGGCGAAGCACCACGACUGAAUUAAAUUGAUUUUUUUCGUAGACAAACUGCAAAUGUGAGGUGUUUAUAGUUUACUUUAAUGUAGUCCCUACGUAGAGAGGUAGUUAGCGGAGAAUAACUUCACUCACGUUGUGUGUUAAGAGUGUAAAUAGGCUUAGUUCGAGGCCGUGGCAUGGAUGAAGUACGGCCUACCAGUGGUGCCCAAGCACACGGGCUAGUGUCGCUGUUUCCCCCGGGGCUGCAGGCUAUCUACGGGGAAUGUCGGCGACUUUAUCCCGAACAGGCUAACCCGCUUCAAGUUACAGCCAUCGUAAAAUACUGGUUGGGUGGUCCAGAUCCGCUAGACUACAUUAGUAUGUAUCGAAAUAUGGGGUGUCCAUCGCAGGACAUCCAGGAGCAUUGGCAUUAUGUAAGCUUUGGCCUGAGUGACUUGUAUGGAGACAACAGGGUCCAUGAAUUCACAGGGCUAGACAAACCCAGCGGCUUUGGCUUUGAGCUCACCUUUAGACUCAAAAGAGAGACAGGAGAGACUGCACCACCAACCUGGCCGGCUGAGCUCAUGCAAGGCUUGGCGCGCUAUGUUUUCCAGUCUGAGAACACGUUUUGUAGCGGUGACCAUAUAUCAUGGCACAAUCCCCUCGACAACAGCGAGUCUCGUAUCCAGCACAUGCUGCUCACAGAGGACCCUCAAAUGCAACCAAUCCAAACUCCUUUUGGCACUGUCAGCUUCCUCCAGAUCGUGGGUGUUUGCACAGAGGAGCUGCAGGCAGCCCAGCAGUGGAAUGGCCAAGGCAUCUUGGAACUUAUGCGAGGAGUUCCAGUAGCCGGCGGUCCCUGGCUUAUCACAGACAUGAGGAGAGGGGAGACCAUCUUUGACAUUGAUCCACACCUACAACAGGAGAGAGUGGACCACGGCAUCGAGACAGAGGGCUCCAACCUGAGCGGAGUCAGCGCCAAGUGCGUGUGGGAUGAUUUGAGUCGACCGCCUGACGACGAGGAGGACAGUCGUUCCAUUUGCAUAGGGUCGCAGCCUCGGAGGCUCUCUGACAAAGACACGGAACAGAUCAGGGAGACCUUAAGGAAAGGCCUGGAGUUUAACACAAAGACAGCACUACCCCCCAUCAACAGCCAGAGACAAGAGAGACCUCAAAGUCGAAAGGACAGUUUGGAAAGUGAGAGCUCAACAGCCAUCGUUCCUCACGAGUUGGUCCGAACACGACAGUUGGAAAGUGUCCAUCUGAAGUUUAACCAAGAGUCAGGCACAUUGCUUCCCCUCUGUUUACGGGGUCGCUUGCUCCACGGAAGACAUUUUACUUUCAAAAGCAUUCACGGAGACACGGCCAUUACGUUUGUGUCUACAGGGGUGGAGGGAGCCUUUGCUACUGAAGAACAUCCCUAUGCAGCCCAUGGCCCCUGGCUCCAGAUAUUGUUGACGGAAGAGUUUGUGGAUCAGAUGCUUGGAGACAUACAUGACCUUAACAGUUGUGAGGAUACGAAAUUACCAAAGGAGUACACUUGGCCAGAGAAGAAGCUGAAGAUCUCCGUCUUACCAGACUCUGUGUUUGAUAACCCUCUGCAAUGAGACACAGAUGCCUAAUUAUGACAAAAAACAACUCCAAACCUGCACAUAAACACACUGAGGUCACAUUGACUUUGGGGUGUUCUGACUAAGACAAGUGAACUCCAAAAAGACUAUCUGAUGAUCUGCAUGGGUCCUGUGUCCACACGGUGGUUGACCAUUUUCAAAAGUGCCUCCAGCCAGGCGGCUCAAAGUCUCAGGUCCAAAUUAAAAACAUUUUGCAAUGCAGACAUCAAUGUCACAAGCAAUAACUUGUGUUGUAUUUAUUCCAGUGGCCACAGUAAAGACAAAAACGUCAGCUACUGAUCCCUUUUAACAGAUGUUCUGUUUGAUAUUGCCUUUAUAUAUAGACUUAACAAAUGCUGGACAUGUUUUGUCUUCAUCAUGCCAAAGUAAUGGCUGUCAUAUGAUACAUGAACAGCUACCAAUCACUGCCAGUGCAUUGUCACAUGUGAAGUAAGCCAACAUGUCAACUCUUUUCUUUCAUAGAGUAUGUAUCUGAUAUAGUACAGGUACCAGCAGCCUUUUCUCCAGUGUGCCAACAUCAUCAAUGAUAUGUACUUUCAUGCUUGCUCAUGUCAAGCAAUAGCUAGUUUUAGUGGUUAAAGAUUGUAAUCUCAACCAUUACCUUCUCUAGUUAUGUUUUGGUUUUUUUGGUUGGAUUUUUUUUUUUGUCGUAUGUGGGACCUCUUAAACAAUGAAUUGGAGCAAAACUCCUGUGCCUUGAGUUCAAAAAAGGACCUCAUACUAAAAAUGUGUUGACUGUUACUGCACCAUGAAGCUUCUGGAUUUUAAUCCCAAUAGCACCAAAAUUGAAGAGACUACUUUUACUUUUUCUUUUUUUUUUUUUUUUUACAGUGCAUGUGUACAGUUACAGUACUGUUUUUGUGUUUUUUUUUUCAAAAGUUGGGUGACAAAUUUAGCUAUUUUAUUAUGUACUAUCACAUUUGACUGAACUUGCUUAUUAUAAUCCCAAGUGCAUUAAAGAGUGUAGGUAUUUACACCAAUAAAGAUGGAACACUGAGGAAAAACACAAUGUCUUUUCUAAACCAGAUUAGGCUAUUAUAGUUGAAUAUGUUGACGUUUGAGUCUGCUUGGAAUUCUACUUUAAUUUCUUCAUCCAGUUGCUGAAAUGUUUGUAAAUAUGAAAUGUCUUGUCAUGACAAAAUAAAAUCUAGGUUCAUCUUUCAAACCUGCACCAAAAAUGGACUAGAUCAUUUCCCCCCAGUGUUUGAAGGUAAACACUGUUGUUUAGAGUACUAACUGCUGUGAGUAUUACAAUAAAAUGUUACUUUUACUGUUGAACUACGUAUGCUGUUACUCCAGUUAAACCCCCAGUGAUUAAUACAUUGUGUUGAUUGUGACAAUAAUUCAAAUGUUAU